UGAAAAGUUGCUCGGUGUCGGAACAUCGUUCUUACCACUCAAGGCGCUCUUUUGAAGAUCGCGAGGCUCGAAUUCGACAGCAUCGACGUGAUCGCAAUUGCAGGCAGUGUCGAGCUUCCGAGGCUCAUAUCUUCUGUCACUAUCGACCCCUGCGUGAACUGAGGACUUCUGGGUCCAUUCGCAGCAAUGGUCCGAAAACCGCAUCUGCGGCAAGUGCGGCCUGCGCGGGUCUACCAGACGGUGACCAAGCUCAUGGACCAUCGUGUCAUGCCUAAGCUUCGAGUUCAGCAGCCAGUAUGGUACAAAGUCGUUGAGUCGAUACCGCCCUCCGAGAUGAUCACGCGACCACUGCCUCCCCAACACAUAAUUCCGAAAGGAAAAGAGCGCAAGCCCAGCCGGCUAUACCAGCCCCAGCAACUCACAUACCCUGAAGACAAACUACGAAGGCGCUUCUACAGAGAUCACCCCUGGGAGCUGGCACGGCCGAGGAUGAUUGUCGAAAUGGACGGCAAGGAUAGUCAGCGAUGCGACUGGAGCAAGGGGUUGAGGCAACCCGGGAUGCAGUUGAGUGGUGAAAGCGUCGUCCAGCGUCAGUUGUGGCUGUUGGAAAACGUACCGGGAAUAGGCACGAACCAAGCCUACGACCAAGUCCGCCGCGAGUUCUACGCCUUGCGACAAGAAGAGGAGAUUGAGCGGAGGGUGGCCAGGGAGGAGGCGCGCAUGGUCGGUUCCUACUUUGGCCAGACCUUCAUCCAGGUGGGCAUGUUGCUCGAGGACCAGCAGUACGAGAAGUGGAAGAAGUGGGCCGAGGCACAGACGGCGCUCAUCAAAGCGGAACAAUCUGAGGCUUACGCCAGUUUCAGCAACGAAGACCCGGACAAUUUGGACGUGGAAGCGCUUGAUGAGGUUAUGGCGCAGACGCAGACUGCGUCGACGUAGGAUGGUGGAAUGUAGAGUAAGGUGUAAAAUGAUCAAAUGUGUACAAAACUUAGACACCAGGAACCCAAGCUUCGGAACUGGCCUCAUUUGACGUGCCAAGUCUCGUAUAUGGGCAGAGAUGCUUUUAGUUGACUAAACGACUCGCUUGGAAGUUGACGAGAGAACCAUGAACGAGCGCUGCUCCGGAGCAGUCUACUUGACACGACGAAAUGCAGCUUUCAAGUCGAAGCUGUGAUUUAGAACACUGCGACUGGGGGGCUACUUCGUACGCUUCUCCGGUAUUUUCAGAUUAUAUAGUAGAAC